AUGUCAUUUACGAAGUUUUGCCCUUUUGGGGGAGCCGCAAUCUCAUACUGCUUCUAUCUAUCUAUCUAUCUAUCUAUCUAUCUAUCUAUCUAUCUAUCUAUCUAUCUAUCUAUCUCAUAUUGUUUCUAUCUAUCUAUCUAUCUAUCUAUCUAUCUCAUAUUGUUUAUAUCUAUCUAUCUAUCUAUCUAUCUAUCUAUCUAUCUAUCUAUCUAUCUAUCUCAUAUUGUUUAUAUCUAUCUAUCUAUCUAUCUAUCUAUCUAUCUAUCUCAUAUUGUUUAUAUCAUAUUGUUUAUAUCUAUCUAUCUAUCUAUCUAUCUAUCUAUCUAUCUAUCUCCAUAUUGUUUAUAUCUAUCUAUCUAUCUAUCCAUCUAUCUAUCGUUUAUCUCAUCUAUAGCUGUUUAUCUAUCUAUUAAAUAUUUGCUUAUCUUUAUUCAUCAUCUAUCUAUCUCUAUCUAUCUAUCUAUCUAUCUAUCUAUCUAUCUAUCUCAGUCUGUUCAUAUCUAUAUCUAUCUAUCUAUCCAUCUAUCUAUCUAUCUAUCUAUCUCAGUCUGUUCACAUUAUCUAUCUAUCUAUCUAUCUAUCUAUCUCAGUCUGUUCAUAUCUAUCUAUCUAUCUAUCUAUCUAUCUAUCUAUCUAUCUAUCUAUCUAUCUCAUAUUGUUUAUAUCUAUCUAUCUCAGAUCUAUCUAUCGAUCUCAUAUCUAUUUCUAUAUAUCUCCCUCAUAUUGUUCAUAUCUAUCUUUUUCAUAUCUAUCUAUCUUUCUCAUAUCUAUCUAUCUAUCUAUCUAUCUAUCUAUCUAUCUAUCUAUCUAUCUAUCUCAUAUUUUAAACUACUUUUAUUGCGUUUACGCUUUUUCUUUCUUUCUUUCUUUCUUUCUUUCUUUCUUUUAUUCUUCCUUUUCUUUUUCUUUCUUUUUACGCUUGUUUUGCCUCUCUUGUUUCUUUUCAACAACCCACUGACAUUGGCAUUUUCUCUCUCUUUCAAAUCACACUCUUCCAUCAUUGUCUUCGUCGUCUAUUUAACCUUUUUUUUUUCUUUAAGUGUUUUUUCUCCACCGUUUAUUUUCUUUCAGUUCUUUUCUUUCAUUUUUUCUCUUCAUUUAAUUCUAGUUUUCGACCACAGACGCAUUCAUCUUUUCUCCAUACACGGCAGGCUGGGAUUUGGCUAA